AUGUCGCCCAAAGGCGAGUGCUGGAAGAUGUCUGCGGCGCUGAAUUCGAAGAUCGAUAAACGAUCAAGUUCGGCGUCCGCGAGCUCACAUGAUUCGGAACUUACGGCCGGAAAUGAGUCCGGAGUUCCGAUGGCACGGGUAACGUGUGAGAUCAAGUCUAUGUGCGGCUCCAACAUCGGGGAAUCUGUGGCCUCUGUAGCGGGGUUGAGCUUCCCGUCCUUGGAUGGCGCAGCUUGCUCCGGAUCUAAGGCCACAGCGGUUAUGGGAGCUGUCUCCUGGAAGCAGUCCGAUGACAAAUUUAGGUCAUGUCCCUCGGGGUGGCCAGGAGUGGUAGCCGCGGUCUCGAAUUCGGGUGUUCCGAACUGUGCGUCUAAGGUCGAUGGUAACAGGAGACAGGGGACACAAUGUUUUACUCAGGUUCGGGCCCUCUCUAUGGAGGUUGAUUUGACAGAGGGGAGGUACCUGCUCUCGGGGGCGUCGGACGGAUCGGCCGCCGUCUUCGAUCUCAAGGACGCGACGGAGUACGAGGCCGGGUUCAUAGCCAAGCACAGGAGCAUUCUGCUCGUGGACAGGCAGCAUCAGCAUGGCCACAAGUUCACCGUCUCCAAGGCCAUCUGGUAUCCUGUGGACACCGGGCUGUUCGUCACGGCCUCCUUCGAUAACUAUGUCAAAGUGUGGGAUACCAAUUCCAGUCAAGUGGUCAUGGAUUUUAAGAUGCCCGGAAAAGUGUACAGUGCUGCAAUGUCCCCAAUUGCAACAACGCAUAUGCUCAUCGCAACCGGAAGCGCAGACGUUCAGAUUAUAUUUGCUCGCAGGGCUAAUACAGAACUGCUUGCUAUUAUUCUGGCUACUAUUCCAAAACUGUUAGGUCUCCAAGUAGGAGUGGAUUUUUCCUGCAAGAAAAGGCAUCAGAAGAACUUAGGACGUUCAUCUUCAUCAAAGAGUUACUCAGUUCAGCAGAGGACAGGCAAUCAUAAGAAGCAGUCCAAAGCACUACGCAAAAGUCUAACCAUGUGCAACGAUGAUAAUUUAAGCUUAAGCCUGUUAUUAAGAAGAGGUUAUCGUUUCUCUUCAGGAUCUGAUUCUCGUUUAAGACUCUGGGAUAUCGAUUCAGGCUGCAAUACUUUGGUCAAUUUUGAAGCCAUGCGAUUGCAAACUAGCAAGCCACUACAAUUAGCUGUCACUGAUGAUCCAUCACUUGUUUUCAUUCCAUGCAUGUCAAGCAUCAAGGCAUACAAUACAUGGUCUGGUACGACAUUUCAAACAUUCCGUGGGCAUUAUGACCAUGUAAAUUGCUGCUACUAUAACUCACAAGACCAAGAAGACGAUGACAAGCGGCAAGAGGGUUUUGCAGCUGAUGAGGAUAACUGGAGUGACUAA